AUGAUUAUUUUUGUGUAUCAUAACAAGUAAAAGAUUAAGAUAGUUUUAUCGGAGCCUUCUUUAUAGCUACUAUAUAAGCUUGUCUAAGAAAACCUAAAAGUAAUUUAAAUCUUAAAAUUAAGUUACCAUUUGAUUUCGAACUUAGAGAUAAGACAAAUAAAAUUGUAUUUGAUUUAUAAGAUGGAUUAGAAUUAAAUGUAGUGGAAGUUGAUACAACAAAUUAAUAAAUCAAAUCUAAAACUGCUAAUGAUCAAAAAUCCUUUAGAUUAGGUAGAGAUAGAAUACAUUCAUUAAAUAUAUUAAGUUCCCAAAAGAAGUCAUAUUCAGAUUUUUCUUCACCAAAUGAUUAAACUUAAAUUUAAUAAAAUAAAAGAGAGCAAAUAAUUUAAAGAAUGAUGGAAGAGAAAUUAUAUAGAGAAGAGUAACAGAAAAUAAAUUCAGAUGGAAAUAAGCUAAUAAAGCAAAUAUAGAAAAGGAUUAAGUUAAGAGAGUAAGUGAUUAAAUUGAAAGAUGAAGCAUUAAAUCUUUCAGAAUUAGAGAAAAAGAAGGUAUAAAUCAUUUAAUAAAUUAUAGAUAAUCUUGGCAUAAAAGAGGGAACUAAGUUAGCCUAUAAGAUUAGAUGUUUUGACUGAACAUUAAAAACGAUAUGAAGAAGAAAAAUUUCAAAAAUUGAAAUAAAGACAAUAAUAAAAGCAAGAUCAAGAUGAAGAAUUUAAAAUGAAAAUGAUAAAGUUUCCUAAAAGUUAAGCAUUAGUUCGACUUGAAGAGGAAUAAGCGAAGUUAAAACUUUCUCAAUAAUAAGCAGCAGAAUAAAAAAAAUUAUUGAAAUAAAAGCAAUAAAAAUAUGGAGAAUCAGUUAAGGAUAGUUUUCUCAAAGAAAUUCCAAAAUAUUCAAUUUCACCAAUUAAGCAAACAUAAGAAUAAAAUAGCAUUUAAAAAUCUCAAUUAGAUAUUGCUAAAUAAAACAUAAAGAAAUUAUAGAGCUUAUUGAAUGAAAAAAAAGUAGAUAAAAUAUUAAAAUUACCUGAGAGAAGAAGUGUAAAUGAUAUUAGACAAAGAGGAUAAAAUUCUUUAAUUGAAAUGAAAAAAAGUGAUAAAAUAGAUAACAUCGAAAAACCUUAUACAACAGAUCAUAAGAAUUUAAUAUAAAAGCGAUAAGCAAUGAAAUUAGGUCUAAAUUCAGCAAACUUUCCAUCAUCUUUGAAUGAUAUCAAGCCUAUACAUUUUGAAGAGAAGUAUUAAAAUGUGUUGAAAUCCAUAAUGCAAUUAGAAUAAAAAUGUAAGGAGAGAGAAAAAAGAUUUAUACUUAACAAGUAAUAAUAACUAGAAGAAGAGGAAAAUGAAAAGUAUAUUGAGAGUUUAAGAUAAAAAUUAGCUUUGAUUUGA